AUGAAUAUCUUGUUUUACAGAUACGGGAAGGACUACGAGGAGGAGAGUAAGAACGUGUUCUUCGAAUGGGACCCGAACAACUACAAGAACGAAGCCCUGAAAGCAGAAGUGUACGAACCUCGGACUGACAAUUAUCGGAGCAGCUCGCAUAAAAGGAUGCUGCAUCCCGAAAGCGUGUCUGUCUACCCGGUCUCACAGCUUUAUACACCGGAGAGUCAGAAAAUAGCACCGGUCGCAUUGAAACCAGGCGCCAGGGCGCCGGUCCUUCAAUACGCCCACCCGGAACUGGGCGUUCAGCCAGCGAAGAUCCUUAAAAACGAGAAGAGGCGCCCGGACAAUUUCCCGGAGAACCAAUACUCGUUCACGGAACAGAGACAGAAGAAAAAAUACGUGUUGAACGAUAAGAAUAUCGUCGACACUUACACCACCAAGGAUUAUUACCCUAACCAUCAUUUCUAUGGAUUGAAGAGACCGAGCGACGCUCCGUUUUGGGUGAAAAUCUCUGAGAACUUGAAGAAUCAAUUUUCCAACAGCGUGGAGAAGGUGUCGCAGUUCACCAGGCCGGUGAUCGAUCCUUUGGUCGAAGCCACGCAUAAGAUUUCUCAGAAUUUAGGACUGUCUAAUGGGAAGGAGGCUCAGGACAAGAUGGGCACCGUUGCUACCGGUGGGAGUAUUCUGAUCCCGGCGUUGGGACUUAUGGCUUCUGGUGCUGCGCUCGGCAUCGGAGCGGUCGCCGUUGGCAGAUAUUUAGACGUCGACGUUCUUAAAAGAUCGGACGAUGGAUCGGGAACCGAAGUCGAGUACCAAAGAGCUUUGAACUCUGACCCUUUAUUGACCGAGAAUGGUGACUCAUUGACACGAGGUUACGAUGGGACUGUAUAUUUCAUGGAGAAGAAUAAGGACGAUGCGACGAGUCAGGAUGGAUUAGUGAUCGUAGAGGGAAAUCAGAAAACGGGGGAGGUGGAAUUAGACACGAAAUCAGGCUUUGGGGAAACGACGUCGAGAAGGAAACGGAGUAUCGAUUAUUUAGACAUUUUCCAAGCCGAAGGUAAUUUAAAGAAUCUAAUCAGAGACAAACGUUUCCAAAGGAAAGGAGCUGACUCUAUCAGCGAAAUUGUAGAAAUUGAUCUUCGCGAAGGUAACAUCGACGUCACAGAAUUUCUUAUUCCAAGAAAAUCAGACGACUCUUUAAAGAACGACAAGAGCUCCGAUAUUCUAGUCGUCCAAGACGACCGGGAAACUGUGGAAAAUUCUAUGAACGGAAGAGACGAGAAACGGAAGAAGAGGAGCAUUGAAAGCGAUCAGGAGUUGCAAGAUACUCUUCAGAAUCUGGAGAACGCCGAGGUGGCCGAAGUGGCUCAUAUCGACGGCGAUUGGACCAAUACACCCUGUGCCAAAAGGUUAUUCUGCGACGUGAUGAUUCAAAGGGGUGCAGACGCCGUUGUCCUAAUGGAAAAGAAAAUGGCAGCUCUUCUUGGCCUAAUCCAACCGGGAGCAGCUGUCCAAGUGUCUAGCCAUUUCCAGCAGGUGAUGGACGCGGUACGAAGGCACGAUUGUUCGAGCUUUCUGUGCCCUCAGGCGAGGCCCGGGAACGUUUUCUUCUAGGCAUGCGCUCGUUCCUCGGACGAAAGCGGAACUGAUAAAUCGUCGAUUUCACGAUCGGUGAAAGCAUUCGCCAGGAUCGAAAUUACUGAAUGGACCUAUCGUCCGGCCAGAACUGUACAUAUUUGCCAAUUUAUUUAAUACAUCCGUUCUUGUAAUUUAAGGUGUUAGAGUUAGUUUCGGAAACUGUGAAUGAGACUCAACCUCGAUCGUUUCGAUAAAAUUAAGUACGAGCGUUUUUUUACGGAAAUUUUCUUACGUACACGAAUUGUACAUCACGUAACUUUUACCUUGUGAAUUGUAAAUAACUGGUCUAUCGUUGUACCGUGUGUAAACGAAUUUUCUAUCGUUUUUUUACACAAUUUAUUAUUAACGAAUAAACUAAUUUAUAUACUAAUAAAGUUGC